CUGAAUAUUAGAUGCGCUGGGGAUAAGUGACAGUCGCCGAAUUCACUUGGUUUUAAGGCUUACAUCUGGAAGAUGUGCAGCUUUGCGGAGAUCCGGGAUAUCCCUGGCUGUAAGGCCAUCCUGAAGACCGUCCUGAAGACCCAGAUACAGUUGCUGGUAGAGCAGCUUGCGGAACAUACUGGCGAGGAAUCUGUCAUCCUAACAGCCAGUGUUGAUGACAGCACACUGAGUCACCUUGGCUCAGAGUCAGGGACUGACUUUCUUGAUCAGAACGAAGACUUGAAGACACUGUUCUUGAACUUCUGCUUACAAAAGCAGCAAAAAGAUGAAUCUGAAGACAUCAACCAGAAGGGUACUGCUAGGCAAUCUCGUUCAUCCUCUGCCCCAACACCUAGCAAUACCCAACUGGAGAUACCACUCAACAAACCAGCACAUAACAACACCCCUUCAGGAAUUUCUCCUGAUAAGCCAUCAUCAAAUAGGGCAUCAAUGGAGGUAUCACCAAACAAAGCAAUACCAAGCACUACCCCUUUGGAUGUUUCACCAUUCAAGCCAACAUCCAACAGGACCCCAAUAGAGAUUUCCCCAUCCACGCUAUCACACAACAGGACAUCAAUGGAAACGUCCCCUGACAAAUUAAUGGAAAAAGUGACAAUUAAACAAGAGCCUGUCGAUCCAGCUGAGCUUGUAGAUGGUAAGACAACAGAUGAGAAAACCACUGCCAAAGAAAAAACACCAGCUGUAAAUAUGCCACAAAUUAAGAAAGAGCCACCAGAUAUACCGGAUGAAUGGGAAACGUUUAAUAAAACAAAUGAGGACAAGAUUGAUGAACAAUUUGCACCAAAAAAAGGGACUGUAAAAAAAGACAGAGUGAAUGAAACCGUAGACGACUUAGAUGAUAGUGACACUGAUGCUUAUGAGGAACUAGAUGUUAAUAUUCCAACAACCAUUCAUAGUAGUGUUGGUACUGAACCAUCAUUAUUAAAGGAUAUCAGAGAAAGUGAAGAUGAGAAGACAGAAGAGGCAAUGAAUAAAGACAAUGAAUUGGAAAUGGAAACUGAAAGUGUAAAUAAAGAGAAUGAAGCAGAAAUGGAAACAGACAGUAAUAUAAGUUCUAUUGUAAAUGAUAAUAUUCAGAAAGAAAACAAUGAAGAUAACAUAGAAGAUUUACAAGAUUAUGAUAAUCGUGAAGAUCAUGAUAAUGAUAAGGUGGACAUUGACAAAGGUGCAAGCGAAAAAGACUCUAAGAAGGACGCUGACAGUAGUGCAAACAAAAAAGUCUCAAAUGAGACGCUGGAAAGAGUUGACAAUGAUAAGGAAUCUGUAAAAAGUAAUGAAACAAAUGCUGAUGAUGUGAGUGUGAAUGAGUUGAUGAAAACAGCUGAUAAUUUCAUGAAAGUUAUAUCAGAAGUGGUCAGUAAACUAAAAGAAAGCAACAGUGACUCUGCACAGGUCUCAAAUGAGAGAACAAUGCAACCAUCUGAUGCUGUUGAUGGUGAAGUCUUUAAACUGACCAAAGAAGAACUGUCAAAAAGUUUUGGUCCUGGAAAAACAAUAUUAAAUCAAAACGAUGAAAAUUAUAAGAAGUUGUUAAAAGCAGUUCAAAAAGAGUGCAAUAAGGUGGAAGCUCACAUAACUAGUACACAUUCAGAUUCAUUAAAUCAUGAUAAAACUGAUGGAAAGCUUCCUAUAAAUGACAAUGUACAAAUCAGGGACAGAAGCGCAUCUCAAUGUUCAUCAAUGUCUGGCACUGAUUCAAUCAAAAGUGCUCCUGUUGGAGAUGGCAGUAAUCAAGCUUGUGUACACAAGGACUCAGACAUUCCUUCAAGAAGGCCAGCUUCCAAUGUAAUUGAUUUAGAUGCUCCAGGUGUGGUAGACAAGAAUCUCACUGUUCAGAAAACACCUGUAAAACAAAUACAGGGUCAAGCAGGAGAAAAUAGUCCGAGAACACCAAAAGGCCAGGGUACUCCAUCCAGACAGACUAAAGGUCGCGUUAGACAGAAUACGCCUGGUAAACCUGCAAUGGCAGGAAAAGGUGUAACACCGAAGAAACAAGGUAAUUUCAUAGACAAUUUGAUCUCCAAAGGUAUUCCAAUUAUUAUACCAGAUGAUGAUGACGAAGAAAACGUGACUGAAAUGCCAAUGCCAAGAAUAACUCCUGGUAGAAAAAAAGGCCAGUCACCACACACUAUGGCAAGCCCAGGCUAUAGGUCAGGGGUAAUGAACUCCCCUCUCCAAUCACCUUUGCAACAAGCUCCAACUCAGUACUCACAACCUAGACAGCUGUUCACACCACCCAAAACUGUUAGCUUUUCAGUUGCUCAGCAACCAAGACUUUCAACACAAGCUAGGAGAGAAUUGUUGGAUAAAUCUAGUCUGUAUCAUCAGCAGCAGCAACAGCAGCAGCAACAGCAGCAGCAACAGCAGCAGCAGCAGCAACAAGUUGGAUAUAUGUCCCCAUCUGGUAAAGAGCCUCCAAAGCAGCAGUAUAUGAUGCAAACAGGACAGUUGGACCCUUCUGGUGGGCAAUCAAGCAUAUGGAAUACAAAUCCUGGCGAAAUGAUCUCAGAUAUUCAAGCCAUGGCAAGUCCCUACAUGCAGAGUCCAAACUCUAAUCCAUCAGGACCAUCAAUGUUAAGGCAGUUUGUUGACCGGACACAAAGGCCACAGGGACCACCAAGUCAGAUCAGAAAUCUUCAACAAAAUAGCCCAAAUGUGCAAGCCAAAGCCCAGCCUAUUCAGACAGUAAGGCCACAAAAAAGAGGUCGCCCACCGAAAACCACAAUUGUUAUAGAUGAUGAGCCAUCUACAUCCAAAUCAAAGGCUGAAAGCCCAAUGUCACCAAGAAAUCCCACACAGGGUUUUCCGAUGGGCUUUGGCCAAACUCAAGUUACCUCUUCAUAUCCCCAAACUCUGCAGUCAGCAUUCAUGCAGCAAAAUAUGUUGCCUGGUAUGCAACCACCAUUACAGCAAGGCAGUCAACAGAUUACUCAACAAGGUACACAGGGUUUCCAUCAGGCAGGAUUGCAACACACAAUGCAGUCAAGGACACAGACAUCAAUACAGUCAGGCAUGCAGGCAGGGUUACAACCAUUAAUACAAACAGGGUCUCAACCAAUAAUACAGCAAGGAAUGCAACCAUCAAUGCAGCAAAUGAUCCAACCAACAAUUCAGCAAGGACAACAGGAACUACAAAGGAAUCAGUCAUUAAUGCAACAAGGAAAUCCACUAUUACUGCAACAAGGGGAUCAACAAUUAAUGCAGCAAAUGAAUCAAACAUUAAUACAGCAAGGUAAUCAUCAAGUGAUGCAGCAAGGGAAUCAAUCUUUGAUGCAACAAGGCAACCAAACAACAUUACAAGCUGGGUUACAACAAUCAAUACAGCAAGGUACUCAGUCUUCUGCUUCAGUUUCAGGAACCGAAUCGAUGGCUAAUUUCACUUCCGCGGGUGGGUCUCAGUUCAUGUUGGCAGGAACUGGGACGAAUUCUGGAAUGCCAGUUCUUCUCAAUGUUCUCCAAGCAUUGCCUGUGUCUAUUGCAAUAUCUCAGCCAACAGAAAACUUGCCAAUUAUAUCUGACGUCACUAGUAUGGCCGCUGAGUACGGUGUUGUUCCAAAAUCUAGUCCUAAUGCGACCACAAUGUCUUUGCAAAAUAUACCUGAGAAUGUGGCUUCACAACAAAGCUCAAUGGAAAAUGCACCAGAAAAUGUUAACAGGGUGACAAUGAAAAGAUCUCUUUCUGCAAUUGAUACAACAAUGACCGCAAGUAGUAGUGAACCUGUACACAAGCGAAGAAAUGUCUCAGAUUCUGGCCCACCUAUCCUAACUGCCAUGGCUGAGAUUCCUUCAAAUCGGGCUGAUGCAAAUCUUUCUCCAAGUAAGCAGCCUCCGAAAUUAGAAAUAGACAUUGACCAAAGUGGUGACAUGAAUCAAGCCACGCUUGAUAUAAAGCAAGAAAGAGAGGCAGAGAUAGAGUUUAAAGCAGGACUUAAAACAACUCCACAUAAGUUGAAGGAAUCUCAGAAGACAUUUUCACCACCCAUAAGUCCCUCAACCAAACGUCUUCACGCAGUUCCUGGCACAAGGUCAAGGGUAUCAAUACCGGAUGAGACUUACCAAAGUACUUCAAAAACAGACACUCCUCCGCCUCUAAAACGUUUCGGUUGCGGAGAUUGUGGGAAGACAUUUACUACAAAACAUGGCUUAGGUGUUCAUUUUAAGAAGCACACAAAAGAGGUUCCAUUUGAGUGUGAUGUGUGUGGCAAACAUUAUUCGAAGAAAGCGUUUCUGAUGAAGCAUAUUAUGGUUCAUUUCCAGGAAAGCCAGCAACAAAAAUAGCAUUAAUGGUGCAAUGAAAAUGCCAUUUAAUGGUUCAAUUUCAACCACCUGGUUCAAAUACCUAGCUUAACAUUACAAAUGCCAUGUAAUGGUAAACUUCCAAAAACCGAAACUAAAAUCUGUGGUGCGCUUGAAAGGAAAUCUUAACAUUUUGUUGACAUUUAUUUGUUUUACUUUCAAGAAAACUAUAUGUAUACCAGUUUAUGAAAGCAGUGCACAUGACAUAUAUUUUGUUUAUUUUCAAGCAAAUCCGCUACAAGUGUUUGUUCAAGCUCAAGAAACAAGGAACUCAGAAAAGGCAUAUGUGUUUCCCAUAACGCAAUCAGGAAUUCAAGUGACGUUUAAUGGUUAUCACUUUCAGGAAAACUAUACAGGUUCCAUCUUAUUGUACAAUUUCAGGAAGCACAAUAAGGUGGCAUUUUAUGGUUAACAUCCAAUGAAAACAACACCAAUGACAUUAUAUUAUGUUUCAUUUUCAAAUGUUCAAUACAAAUUACAGGGGCUCAUUUUCUAGCAACCAUUUAAAACGGUUUUCUGUGGUUCAAUUUCAAGCAAAUAUUACGAAUGACAUAUGAUUCACGUACAAGGUCACGUACGAUGACACUUUUAUGGUUGUGUUCAAGGUCACUUUCAAUGAUAACAAUACAUAUGACAUUUUAUGACUCGCGUUCAAGGUCAAUUUCACGAAUAACCAUACAAAUGACAUUUUAUGACUCGCAUUCAAGGUCACUUUCAAGGAUAACAAUACAAAUGACAUUUUGUGACUCAUGUUCAAGGUUGUUUUCAAGGAUAACGAUACAAAAAUAUAAUGGAUUUUUUAUGGUUUGUGUUUAAGGAUAACGAUACAAAAUUUUAAUGGAAUUUUAUGGUUUGUGCUUAAGAAUAACGAUACAAAAUUUUAAUGGAAUUUUAUGGUUUGUGUUCAAGGUCAUGUUCUAGCAUAACUGAAUAAAGUUGAGUUGGCUUAAGUUGAAUAAGGAAAUACUUUCACACCUUCAGGAAAAUCAGCUUCAUAACAUUGAUCAAUGUCAAGAAAACACAAAGCAUAGUUCACAGCAAAAAAUGUUUACAUUAUCACAAAUCAUACUGCCAUAAUCGGACAUAUUAAUUACGGUGCGCAUUGAAGAAAACCAAAGGCAAUGAUACAUUUUGUACUGUAAAUGUGUAUGCUGGUACAUGUAUGUUUCAUAUAGUAUUCAUUUUUAAACAUUUUAUGUAUUAUUUGUGUUAAUAUUUUUAUACCAGAGUGUGUUCAUGUUGUGCACGCCUGCUUAUAUAUUGUAGGUUGUUAAAAAGUAAUAAUUUUGUGAGUAUUGAAAAUAUAUCCAAACCACCUACCAAGCUACCCUAUAUUGGUGGGGGGGGGCAUGAAAAAGUAAACAAAAUAUUAACAGUAUAUUUUUACGCCUUAAGAUAAACAGUUGCAUAAAUGCAAGGUUUACGCUUUAAAUGUUUCUUAUUGUAAAUUGUUUUCUUAUGUCAGUGGCAUGUAUAUUUUGCAAGCAUGCCAGUUUUUUUAAAAGUUAAGAAGUUACUUGUAAUUUGUGUUUGUUAGCUCUAGUUUUGGUGAGAAAUAGUUUUGUAUGUUCUGGCAUCUUUGUAUUGAAUGCCACACAGUGAUGUAAUCUGUUAUAGAAUUAUUGAUCAUUUUACCCAUUGCCAUCGAUAUACAUUGGUGCAUUAAAACAUUAGUACAUGAAAAGUACACCACAAGGAUUUCAAUGCAUGUAUCCUAGUUUUAAGGAAAAUGUGUUUAAUUAUAAUACUCGAAUCAUUUUCGUCAGUUGUUUGUUACAGAGAUGUUUGUUAUGUAUCGAGAGUCGAAAGGUUAUAUCUUCUUGUGUUUUUUAAUGUCACUUCGAACCUUUUCGCAUUCACCCCUCGGAAUUCAAUUGCUAUUUAUUUCAAGCUUGUCUUGUAUAGUAACCGGUAUGGUCUACAACUCUGUCCUAGAUAUGCCGCUUUUUCAACUGUAAAAUAUCAGCUGGCGUUCUUUCUGUAUUCAUUACCAUUGUAAGGUCUUUCAUUUACAAAAAUCAAAUGAUAAGAAUAAAAAGCCACUGGUUACUAUAGUACUUUUUUAGUUUGGUAUGAUAUUUGAAAUACAUUCAAAUCAUGCAAUGGCGUCAAUAUUGAAUAUUUUUAAAAACAAUAUUUUUUAAUCUGUUGUAUUUACAGUAUUAUAUUGUUUUCUGUAUUUAGUGUUAUAUAUAAGAAGCUUCAUCAUGCACCUUGUUGUUUGAUAGUUCAUCUUUUCAUCCUAUUACGAUAUAUAAGUAGUUUGUUUUUAAAACAAUAUGUGCCAUUUUUGUGUUGUUAAUAAAAACUUGUAAAUGUAGACUUGUAUUAGGAAUGGUCUGCUGGCGGUAUCGUCGGACCGCGCACAAAAUUAACCUGUCAGAAAACGUUGAAUAUAUUUGAAUGAAACAAAUGCUACAGGUUACUCAUUGUAAUUCUGGUGGUAUUUUUGGUUUCAAAUAAAAUGUUUAAUAAAUUAACACAAGCAAUGAUGGAUCAUUGUUCAGACGAAUCUGAUAAAUGAGAUUGAAUGGGCAUUAACUCUUACCCUGCGGUUCAAUUUAAGAAACGAAUGCUUUUAAUUUUGUACAUUUGUUUCAAGUUCUUGUUCUAUGAGUAUUCAGUUAGUUAAUGUCCCAUCAAUAACAUGUGUAUAAACUUUAUAAUUCUGUCUAGUUUGUUCCUGUUAAUUGUUUUUUCUCAAUCAGGCUUUUUUGGGCCUUGGUCUGGACAUUAAUGGUAUUCAAUGAUCGGAAAACUUUAAUAAACAGCAACAAAAGAAUAAGAUAUAAAUAUAUUGUAGUUUUAUGAUUUUACUUUUUGAAUUCAAUGUAUCAUGAAUAAGUUUUUUAUGUCUCUUUGUUUUGAGAUUUCAUUAAAGAUUUUAACAACUGCA